AUGUCAGGAGGGUUUGGGAGGAUGGCGCUGUGGGCGCUCGGCGCCGUGCUGCUCUCAGGGUACAUGUACAUGGACACAGAAGCCGCUCAUGAGCUGAGGGAGGAUUGGCCGGAUGGAGGCUUGGACGACUCGCCCCUGGUCUCAGACCAGCUUCUUCAGGGACGACGCGUCGCUUUGACUCGGAGGAAGAGGAACAUCCUGUUUCCCAGCGGAGUCCAGCUGUGCACUCAGGAGACGCUGGACCAGGCCGUCGCCAACCAUCUCAAAUACUUUCACCUCAGAGUGUGUCAGGAGACGGUGUGGGAGGCCUUUAAGAUCUUCUGGGACCGGCUGCCGGAUCGGGACGACUACCAGGACCGGGUGAGUCGCUGCGUGGACGGCUCCGCCAGCGUCAUGGACAUCGGCAGCUUCUUCAGCCAAUCAGAGGAGCACAUCAGCCUCAUCAAGAGUGUGAGUGGUUCCCUCAAACAGGGUCGUAAUGGCAACUUCGUUGAACAGCCUCAGUGUGAAAAGGUGUCUCUGUUUCUCAAACCGUUCUUGUCUCUGGGUUUGUCCUGCAGCUCUGAGACAACAUCCGUCCAGGCUGGAGACUCGCUGCUGGACACAGCGGAGGAUGUUGUCGUCAUUGGGUCGAUUCCACCUUCAGUCAUCGCUGAGAUGUCCACAGAGUCUGAAGAAGAGGAUGUUGCUGAGGUCAUUGACUCUGCUACCCACAUGCCUUUGGAUGGACAAGAAGAAAAGCCUGUCCCAGAUACAACCAAGGAGGAGACUGAAGAGGAUUUAACUCCUACUGAUCUGGAUGUACCCGACUCAGAGGUGAUUGAAGAAGUCACCCCUGUCGGUGAAGAGCCACCUUUGGAAGUUGUCGCUGAAGAGUUCCUCACAGAAGCUACUGUUAUGGGUCUUACAAAGCCCACAACAGUACCUGCUACAGAAGCUGUCACAGUGCAGGAUCUAGAGCAGCAGGAAACUCCAGAGCUUGGUGCUGAGGCUCCGUCAGAAGUCAUUUUGGAGGCAAUCCAGGAGACAACAGACAUUUUUAGCCAAGAAGAAGAAGAAAUCCCAGACAAGUCUUUAGAAAUCCCCCCGAGGGUAACUUUAGCUGAUAAGGUUUUCGAGGAACCCACUGAAACAGAACAAGCUGAAGCAGUUCUUGAAGAACCUGAAGGAGACGUCCACAAAUCACCAGAAGUUGUAGAAGUUAGUCAAGAAACAAGGGAAGUCCGCACAGAGCCAAUCCCAGCUGUGACUCCAGAACAAGAACCUGACUCAAGCAUAGAAACAGAAGUUCCAUCUCAGUCCUAUAAUCUGGCGACAACAGUCAAGGUCGUCGUAAAAGCCAGUGAAGAUACUGAAGAGGACCGAACACCACAAGACCAACUGACGACUCAGAUUACUCCAGAUGCAACAGACAAGCCAGAGGAGGAGGUAGAAGCAGGAAUCAAACAUGAAGAACCCAUAGAUGUUCCCAAAGCUGCUGUUCAAUUGGAGGCUCCUGCAUUAGAAACAGCAAGUGAAAACCUACAUGAGGAAGCAGGGGGCGCUGUGGGGACUGUAGAAGCUCAACUAGAGUUUAUUAAAGAAGGAGAAGAAGAGCCAGUGAAACCAGCAGAUACAAACGAAAAAGAUGAAGAACCAACUGAAGAAAGACCUGAGGCACCUGCGGAUCCUGUAGAGGAAAUAACACCUGAAGAAGAUACAGAGCCCAGGGAGGAACCAGUAGGAGAACCAGAACGUGUCGAGGGUAUUGCCAAAGACAAGAAACCUACAGUAGUAGAGGAGCAUGAAGUAGUACCUGAUCUUUUUAUUACAUCUGUGUCUGAUGAGACAACCGAGGAAGAACCAGGAGCAGGACAAACCAAACCCCAAGUUACAGAGGAGAUGACAUCCCAGGUCCCUGCAGAGUCUCAUGAGGAGAGGACUUCGGUUGUUGUUGAUCCAGAGGACACAGAAGAAGCACCUGAACUUCCAGGAGGCUCCGAGUUUGAAAUCAUUUCAGAAAUCACAGAGGAGGAUACCACCCAGUUGAUUUCAAGUGAGGUCCCAGAACCUGGAGACGCUCCUGCAGCUGAGGAAGAUAUUGCCUCAGAGGGUCCAAGGGAAAUAUCCCCAGAAGUUGUGACUCACAUUCAGCCAGAGACGAUUUCAGAGGUGGAAUCUUCUGAGGAGGUCACACCAGAGUCUCAUGAAGACAUUGUCCCAGAAGCUGCACCUGAGGAAGACAGAGCACCAAGUGGGGACAGCAUCCAUGAUGCUCCAUCAGAGGUUCCACGAGAGAAGGUGGAAAGGAUCUCUGUUGAUGUUACAGCAGAAGAUACAGGCACUCUAGAUAAAGUGUAUUCGGAGUCCUCAGAGGAAAUCCCUCCAGAAGCUGUGGUCGGUAUCCCUGCAGAGAGUACCCAGGUCACGACCAAGUACAUAGUGGAGUACAACAAUGGAAACUUCCCUGAUAUAACAGAGAGGCCUCGUGACGUAGAUGACGGCCUACUGGAGGAGGAGGAGAACUCGAUCGGUAACGAGAUCGACGACACGCUGCUGCGGCCCCCCCGGCCCCUGAAGGACCAGGUGGUGGAGCUGAGCAUCAAGCUGAGAGGAGAAACCUACCACGACGCUCUGAGGGAUCCCAGCAGCUUCCACUACCAGCAGCUGGCCAAGCACUUCACACGCAAGAUUGAAGACGCCUUUGAGAGGCUGCCGGGCUUCAAGGACGUGUACGUGGUGGAGUUCAGACCACAGAAGGACCUGGAGCGAGGUUUGGUCGUCCUGGUCCACUACGCCAUCACGCUGGAGGUGGACAGCGGCGGCGUUCCCAACGACACGCUGGACUUCAUCUCCUUGCAGAACAAUCUGGUGGAGAAGAAUUACCCUGGAGCCGCCGAGCAGCCCACCGUCAUCUACACCAUCACUGACUUCCGUAACUACAUCACUGAGGCGCUGCACAAAGACAACUUCAUGAGCAACAGCAGCCUGGAGACGCAGGGGGACCCUCUGCAGCUGGAGAACGACGAGAACCUGCAGCUUUCUGUGAAACCCACGAGUCGACCAGACGACUCCUUCCACAACGUGGAUAAUGUCCUGGCAGCAGAGAAGCCUCCCGACGCCCCGAGUCAUGAGGAGGAAGGAAGCAAUGUUUUCCUGAAGAAGGACGACUUCCUGUUUGACCCCUUUGAUCCGUGGAAAGGUCCUCAGACUGGGGGGGUGAGCGAGAAUGACGUCUUCACGUUUGAGGAGAGCUCGGCUCCUCUGGCGCCCGAUGAAUUCCCCGAUGAGACGUCGGACCUGGAGUCACUGGAUGAAGAGAAUAAUGUAUUUAUUGAAGAUGAGGGAUUUCUUCUCAAUAAUGCUCCUGGUGCUGGAGACGAUUCCUCCAGAGGGGACCAUGCUGUCAGUGCUGGAAGCUCCUCAGCCACUGCCCCUCCACCGCUGAGUCCUCAGACGGGCUCUGAGAACACCAUGGACGAUGGGUCUGGUUCUGGUUCCUCUGGAGACGGCCAGGGAGCUGAUCUCUGGUCCUGGCAGCUCUCUGUGACCUCGUAUGGGACUGGCAGCCUGGAGGUGCUACCACCUCCUGAUCUGGAGGAGACUGAUGAGGAGGAUGAAGACCAGGAUGAGGAAGGGGUUGUUGUUGUUGAGUCUCUGAAAAUGGAGGAAGGUGAUUUGGUUGCAAUGGGAGUAGAACUCACAAAUGCUCCUCAUUUAUGGACAACAACAGCUCCUGCUUUUGAGGAGUCAGUGCAGGAUGAAGGCCUUGAGGAACCUUUCCUGGAUGAAGUCCUGGUAACACCGCACAUCAGCACCGAUCCACGUUUUUCAACCACAACCCAAGCUCCUGUGUUCUCACCCAGAGGAACAUUGACUGUUGAACUUUCAGUACAAACGUUUGAAGCAUCUGGAGUCUAUGAUGUGUAUUCCCUGACAGAACCACAUGUAACUAUCGUGCCAGGCAGAGAUUCUCCUGAACUUGAAUCUUGGACUCGUGAGGCGCCUUUUCAUUUUGAACCAACUGAUUCAUCAGUCAAUCUUCAAGAAACCACUGAAGUGGUGGAAGUAACUACAGCAGCAGAAGAUGCACCUGAGAGCGACCGGGUUGAAGGGAUUCUGGCGCCUGUGGUUCCUGACACUGAAGCCCUUUUGACCGAAGAGUCUCCGACCUUUGUAGAAGUCCAUGCAGUCACAGAACCUAGCUUUGCUAUCAUCACUGAACUGUCAGAACUUGAGGUUCUCACAGAAAAACCCAAACUGCUGCUGCCAGAACAUGCAGAUCACCAUGAGGUUGAGAUUUUAGAAGAGCAGCACAUCGGCACCUCUGAUCCUACAACGACAGCAGCACCGGCGGCCGAGGCUCUGGACAGUGACCUGGUAGCGGAUGAAGUCAUGGUCGUCACUACAACCACCGCUGCUCCUGUCUCGACCUCAUCCAUCAACUCAGUCCACAGCAACAGCAUCGCACUCUCGCCUGAGAAAGACUCUCCGUUUACUCGUGUGUCGGAUUCAGCGCCAGAAGACGAGGACCUGAUUCAACAUGAACACCUCAACCUUGAAGAUUCAGAUGAAGUUCCAAUAAGCUUUCCAUCUCCAGAUGUUACUCGUUCACCACCAACAGUGGUGGCUGUAAAAGAAAAAGACAGUUCUCCAACUGUUGGUUCUGAACCGCUGCCAGGUGCUUCGGCACAGGGUCACGACAUUGACUCAACCUUGACAGAUGCUCUGAAAGAGGAAGUAGAUACUAACAUCCCCCAAACAUCUCCGUCCACACUUCAGAAAGUCAUCGCUCCUGCUGCCGAGAUCCAGACGUCUGAGCACGAUGUCCCUGAUGUGCCGAGCAUCGACGUCAGCUUCGACGUGUUCCAGUACGACGGAAUCGCGACGGAAGGCGACAGCAGUGGAUUCUCCAGUGGCACUCAUGGGUCCGAUCUGGAUGCCAUCGCAUUACCAUCCCAACCAGCCAGGGAUCUAACUGUGUUCUUCAGCCUGAGGGUGACCAACAUGGCGUUCUCCAUGGACCUGUUCAACAAGAGCUCCCCUGAGUACAAGGCCCUAGAGCAACGCUUCAUGCAACUGCUGGUCCCGUACCUGCAGUCCAACCUGAACAACUUCCAGAACCUGGAGAUCCUCAACUUCAGGAAUGGCAGCAUCGUGGUGAACAGCAGGAUGAAGUUCGGUAAGCCGGUUCCCAGAGGCGUCACCAACGUCGUCUACCUGAUCCUGGAGGACUUCGCUAACACCGCCUACCAGACCAUGAACUUGGACAUCGACAAGUACUCGCUGGACGUGGAAUCAGGUGACCGAGCCGAUCCCUGUAAGUUUCAGGCGUGUAACGAGUUUUCCAGAUGUAUGGUGAACCGGUGGUCGGGCGAGGCCGAGUGCGUCUGUGACGCCGGGUAUCUGAGCGUGGACGGUCUGCCGUGUCAGAGCGUCUGUGACGUGCAACACGAUUUUUGCCUCAAUGACGGAAAAUGUGACAUCAUCCCUGGCAAGGGCGCCAUCUGCAGAUGUCGAGUUGGAGAGAACUGGUGGUACCGUGGUGAGCACUGUGAGGAGUAUGUCUCCGAGCCGCUGGUGGUGGGCAUCGCCAUCGCCUCAGUGGCAGGCUUCCUCCUGGUGUCGGCCGGAAUCAUCUUCUUCCUGGCGCGGACGCUGCGAGAGCAGUACGACGCCGAGGACACGGAGGACCCAGUGAGACGUGGAGACAGUUUGCCGACGCUGGAACGGGCGACCAAGUUCAACCCAAUGCUGGAGAGCGAGCCCGUCACCGCCCAGUACUACCGGCGCUAUGACCACGACUUGCCUCAGUUCUACCCCGGCCGUGACCCGGACCCCCCCGACCUCAGCGGCUCUGCCAGCGCCGAGAUACAGAACCUCUACCAGAACACCGCGCUCAGCAGAGAGGAGAUCCAGGAGCGCCUGAGGAUUAUCGAGUUGUGGUCCAAGGAUCAACACUUUGCAGACUUUGUGCAACAGACUCAAGUGUUCCUGGAGAGAAGAGGAAGCUCCACCACCUAG